AUGCAGAGAAUUGUCUCGGCUGUGUCACAGGCCGUCAUCGCGUUGUUUGGGGCAAGUCAACCAACUCUCCUGGCACCUCCGUCCAUGGAACCAGAACAGAGAGAAGUACCUCUAGUUGUAGGGUCUGAUAAUACUCUUAAUUUAGCAGAUGCUACCACUAUGCAUGGGCCGGUUGCAUCUGCUUUGCAUCACAUAACAGGUGAGACCGAAUUUAUUAAGGUCUCACCGUCAGCAGGGUCGGGGGAUCCGCCAAAUUUUGCUCAAUUAGCGUGCCCAUCGGUGGUAAUGUUAGCGCUAAAGUUAAAGCACAAAUAUGGGCCCACGAAUUUAUAGAUUUUGGUGUUUUACUGAGCUCAGGGGCAGGUGAUACCCGGUAUCACUUGUCUGUGAGCUCUCAAGAAGGUUCCUCACUCCCUGCUUUAUCUUUAGAACCGUCACACAAGCCGAAGGCCAUUCCCAAUAUUGAGGCAUGGACUUCGGCUUUUCAAAUUUUCGUUGGAGUCUACACUGCAAAAUUUCCCUUGGAGGCCCCAAUACUAAUGAAAUACGGGGAGGUAGUGCGGGAUUUGGCCACACGAGAGGCUGAUUGGUGUUUGUAUGACACGCAAUUUCAUCUGUUGCGGCAAAGCCAUCCGGCUGAACUACCUUGGGGUUAUACUCACUGGGAACUUUGCAUCCAUGCACAAACUUUCGGUCAUGCACGUUUGAGCAAACCCCAAUCAAAUAUAUGCACAAGUUCAAACAAUUUGUCCUUGUCGGUCGCUGGACCCUUUGUUCCUAGGGGGUUUUGUUGCAAGUUCCACCGGGGUGCUGAGUGUUUAGGGUGUAACUACAAACACAACUGCUUUAAAUGUGGUGGUGUUCACCCGGCUAUUCAUUGUAAUUUUCGUGGCCAAAAGCCCUCCUCUGGCUCAGCCCCAAGUGCCACCAAGUCCCAUACCGCCAACACCAGUUCUAAUUGACAAUCUCUACCCGUUAUUAUGUGGAUACGAUGUGUGAUUGGCGUUAAAUUUAUAUAAUGGUUUUAAGUUUGGUUUUCCCCUUCAUUUUGAAGGAUCUCGUAUAUCAAUUUUUGGUCCUAAUCUCGCUUCUGCGCAACGGAACUCUGAGAUUGUUAGUGGUAGACUCUCGAAAGAAUUGGUGGUCGAUCGCCUGGCUGGGCCUUUCAACAGACUACCCUUUCCUAAUUUUCGCGCUUCCCCCUUGGGGUUGGUGCCUAAAAAAGCCCCUGGAGAAUAUCACUUAAUCCACCAUUUGUCUUUUCCAAGUGGUGAAUCUGUUAAUGACGGCAUUGCUCACGAGCAUUCGACUGUACAUUAUGCUUGUGUUGAUGAUGCCGUCAAAAUGAUCAAACAAUUAGGCCGCGGCUGUUUCCUAGCAAAAACGGAUAUCAAGAGCGCAUUUCGUAUUAUCCUGUUAAGGCCAUCCGAUUAUGAUCUCGUAGGAAUGUUUUGGCAAGGGAAGUAUUACUAUGAUCGUGUUAUGCCCUUUGGCUGUGCGUCAUCUUGUCGCACUUUCGAGAUGUUUAGCACUGCUAUCGAAUGGGUUGCUAAGAAACACUUGCAAAUCCCACAUCUAAUCCACAUUCUUGAUGAUUAUCUAAUGGCGUCACCUACUUAUCACCAAUGUCGCAUUGACCUUGUCUGCUUCUUAUCUCUUUGUAAAUAUUUAGGCAUACCAAUUGCACUGGACAAAACUGUUGGCCCACAAACUAUUCUCGACUUUGCUGGCAUUGAAUUAGACACUUUGCGCAUGGAAGCCUGUUUACCAGACGACAAACCGAUAAAUGCAAGUCUCUAAUAUCUGGCUUUCUGUGUCGCAAAAAAGUUACUUUGCGCGAAAUACAAUCGUUAACUGGUUUACUUAAUUUUGGUUGCUCAGUAGUUGUCCCUGGUCGGGCUUCUUGCGCCAUCUUAUUGAUUUGACUAAAGGCAUCAGGUUCCCGCACCACUUUAUUCGUCUAACUAAAUCGGUUAAGGCCAAUCUGGUCAUCUGGCAGUCCUUUUUGGACAAUUUAAUGGCCGAUCGUUUUUUUCUCAGUGAUGUUUGGAAUGAUUCCUUCAGUUUAAACCUAUAUACCGAUGCUGCCGGUAGUUUGGGCUAUGGUGCUGUAUUCGGCGAUGAGUGGUUUUUCGGUGUGUGGCCCCCCAAUUGGAGGCAAUUAAACAUCGCGAUUUUGGAAUUUUACCCAAUUGUACUCAGCGUACUCGUAUGGGGAGAUAAGAUGCGAAACCAGCGUAUCACCUUUUUUUGGAUAAUGCGGCAUUGGUCGAUAUUAUAAAUAAAGCCACUUCACGCAAUGUGACUGUUAUGAUAUUUGUUCGCCGACUGGUGCUGGCUUGUUUGAAAUUUAACAUUUUAUUCCGCGCUCACCAUGUACCGGGUGUUUUAGCUGACGCUUUGUUUUAGCUGACGCUUUGUUUUAGCUGACGCUUUGUUUUAGCUGACACUUUAGCUCGAUUGCAGGUUUCGAAGUUCAAACAGCUACAAUCUUAUGCAAAAUAAACGAGACACUCCAUGCUCCCGCACCCUUGUCAAUGUUGGUUAGUGAUUGUUAGCACCGUUUCAGGCCUUUCUUUUCAAUUUCGACUUCAAUCGCAACAUUGGAUAGGGAAAAGGGGGAUAAGCCUUUCAAAAUCAUGAUGGCACGUUUUAUUUUGCAAGAGAUUGUAUUUCAACAAUAAAUCUGCACAUAUACUAUAUAUGUCAAGUACUGUAGGUGUGGAAAGUUAUGAUGCUGGACAAAGGACAGCGUUUAAGAUAUUAGAACUAUCAAACUGUCAAGUACCUUCACGUUGUAUAUAUAUAAUUAUAUCGACAAUGUAUAUCUUGACAAUAAAACGCGUACAAUAUAAUAUGAAUUAUAUACGGAUUGGUAAUUAAAAAAUAAUAUUCGUCUAUAUUGAUAUGGCUGUGUAUUUGAUAAACAAACCAAAGGGGUAUAAACAUGCCGAUUAACUACCAAAUUUAUUUAUAUAUAUAUAUAUAUAUAUAUAUAUAUAUAUAUAUAUAUAUAUAUAUAUAUGUAUAUAUAUAUACUUAAUAACUAUUUGUGCAUGAAAUAUUAUGAAAUAUUAACUAAGAUUUUUGCAAUCGAAAAGUCGUGGGAGAGCGAAGAAAUUAACCAACUUCAAAAGGAACUAUCUAAUGAAAGGGAAAAAUGUAAAAACCUUGAAGCUGAUAUAUCAAUUUUAAUCCGAGGAAGAAAUAAAGAAGUAAACGAAUUAAAUAACACCAUUGUCUCUCUUGAAAAUAGACUUAAGUCAAGUGAGGCGAUGAAUGAAUCUUUGAGACAAUUGAUUAUGCAAAUGAAAAAUCAUGCUAUAAUUGAUGAAACAAGCAUAACAUCAAUAGUCCAUAGCAUUGAUAAUCCCCUUGGGAGCUCAAGUUUCUCUGGUGUAUUUAAUUCGGACGAUCAGCCAGAUGACCUUCCGUUAUGCAUUAAAAAUUUCACUACAAUUGAUGAAGCCAGCAUAACACCAGAGGCUCACUGUAUUGAUAACACCCUUGGGAGCCAGUCAGACGACUUUCUGUCAGGCUUUGAAAAUUUCACUGUAGCUGAUGGGGUUAACAUAGCCAUUGACCAGACGGAUAGUUCGCUGAAUACAUCCUCAUCGUUCAAGAAACAGCUAAAGAAAUACCGAGAGAAACAGUCUCUUGCGUUUCCCAAUAGAUCACACAAUUGGAUGAAACCUGUCCCUACAAACCCCCAAACAACAGAAUUAAAUACUUUCAAUACAAACAAGAGAAACCAGCAUUUAUCAAGGAAUACAGUCCGUAGUCGCAAAAACUUCAAAAGUAAACAAACUAAACCGAAGCGGAAUUUUCGGAAGAAACUGUCUCUAGAUCGACCUCCGGACUGGGAGAAUUACCUAGACCUAGUCAGCAAAAUUACGAGAACAUAA